UUAGAAUUGCUUUUUUUUAAUCUAAAUGUCAUUCUUCCGCAUCACCAUCUCAAAUUAGAAAUCAAAUUGCUAUCACUUCGACAAAUCGACCAACGAUUUGAAAAGGCAUUACUCGAUCAAACUGGCACCCUUUGGUUAGAAUUGUUUUCUUUUUUUUUUUUAUCUAAAUCGUCAUUCUUUCGUAUCACCCUCUCAAAUUAGAAAUCAGAUUACUAUCACUUCGACAAAUCGACCAACGAUUUGCAAAGGCAUUACUCGAUCAAAUUAGAAAUCAAAUCGCUAUCACUUCGACAUCGCUUUCUGAUGUUGAACACUUGAACCCCUCUGUUUCGUCACUGUGAACCUCAUUGCCUCACGCCACCGCACGGAUUGUGUUCGAGUUUUAGAGCUUGACGCCACUGUUGUACUAGAAGCUGAAAUUCAUCACGAUCAAAGGUCUCUUGCAAGGUGAUUGAGUGAUAAGGAGGAGUAGAUUCUUCAGGUGGGAAGUCAACAGCAGUUGGUCAACAAACUUGUUUGACUUUAAGCACUACAAAAGGACUUCACAAUGAAUUUGGAUAAGAGCUGGACUAAAAUCACUAAUAAAGUAGAUCCAAAGUUCAUAAGAGGAGCCAUAGCUUUUGCAAAAUGGGCUGAAAGAUAUGCUGAUACUGAAGGUCAGAUACAUUGUCCAUGUAGAAAUUGUGUGAAUGCAAGAAGACAUGUUCCCGAUGUUGUUGCUGAUCAUAUCAUACAAUAUGGUUUUGAACCAACAUACAAUGUAUGGAUAUAUCAUGGUGAACAUCUGCCAGGUUAUGAAACAGACACAGAAGAAACAAACAGUGAGUUUGAAGAAAGUGAUAACGAAUCAAACGACGGUGUUGGUGAGUUACUUGAUGAUGCUUUUCCUACGGGUGGCAAUACCGAAGCCGAAAACUUUAGGGACGGUGCUGAUCAGCGUAAUAACCCAAAUGUGGAGAAGUUAUUUGUCGAUAUGAUGAAGCCUUUAUACCCAGGGUGUGAUGAGUUUUCUGUACUAGGCUUUUUAUUGGAGUUGAUGAAUGUCAAGGUAACAUGUAAAAUGACAAAUGUGUCAAUGGAUAUGAUUCUGAAUUUAUUUAGUCGGGCUUUCAAGGACGCAAACUUGCCGAAGAACCAUUAUGAAGCGAAAAAGUAUUUACGUACUCUCGGACUUGGAUACGAAUCUAUCCAUGCGUGUAAACAUGAUUGUGUAUUAUUUUGGAAAGAAAAUGCAAAUUUACAAACUUGCCCAGUGUGUAGCACUAGUCGUUAUGAAGAAAACAGUAAAGGGAGAAAGAAGCCGGUAAAAGUCUUGCGUUACUUUCCCAUCACAAGUAGACUUAAGCGUUUAUAUGCAUCGAGACACACUGCUAAGGAAAUGUUAUGGCACGAUCAAUACAGAACCAAAGAAGAGGGAGUUCUUAGGCAUCCGGCUGACGGAAAGGCAUGGGAACACUUUGAUACAACGUUUCCCGAUUUUGCAAAUGAUCCUAGAAAUGUUCGCCUAGGGCUUGCAAGUGAUGGUUUUAAUCCUUUCGGUGCAAAGAGUCUCUCCUAUAGUAUGUGGCCUGUUGUGCUCAUACCAUACAAUAUGCCUCCUUGGAAGUCUAUGGUCGAUGCUUCAUUUAUGUUAGCAUUGUUGAUUCCUGGAAAAGAUUCACCAGGAAAGGAUAUUGAUGUAUUUUUACGUCCGCUUAUAGAUGAGUUGAAACUUCUGUGGGAUACGGGUGUUGAAACAUAUGAUUGCGAAUCAAAACAGACAUUCAACAUGCGUGCUGCACUUCUGUGGACAAUUAAUGAUUUUCCUACGUAUGGUUACCUAUCCGGAUGGAGCACGAGUGGAUACAAGGCAUGCCCAAUAUGCAAUGAAGAUGCAAGUAGUAUAUAUAUACGAGAUAAAAUAGCAUUUGUAGGCCAUAGGAGAUUUCUCCCACUUGAUCACUCUUGGAGGAAAGCACGAGAUUUCAAUGGACAGAAAGAGACUAGGCUUGCACCUAAACCUGUCAAUGGAGAUGAUUGCUUACGUCAGUUAGAACAUCUCACUAUACAUCAACAUGGAAAACAUAAGGCUCAUGGAGGUAAAAAAAGAAAACGGAACCCACACGAUUUAAAUUGGUCAAAGAGAAGCAUCUUCUUCGAACUCUCAUAUUGGCCUAAGUUGUUGAUUCGUCACAACAUUGACGUGAUGCAUGUUGAGAAAAAUGUGUGUGAGAACGUGUUAGGAACCUUGUUAAACAUAGAAGGAAAGACGAAAGACACUGACAAAGCUCGACUAGAUUUGGAAGAUAUGAACAUACGUAAAGAGCUUCACUUGGUGAGGAAGAAUGAUCAUUGGGUUAAACCACAUGCUUCGUACGUUUUAACUCGAGAUGAGAGAAAACAAUUUUGCAAUUUACUUAGCUCAGUGCGUUUUCCAGAUGGGUAUGCUGGAAAUUUAGCUAAAAAUGUAAGUGUUGAGGAAGGUAAGGUAUAUGGGCUUAAAUCACAUGAUUGUCACGUCUUGAUACAACGCAUCAUUCCUAUUGCAAUUCGUCCCUUUAUGACAAAACAAAUUCGCGAUGCGAUAGUGGAGCUGUCUCAAUUUUUCAAGAAACUUACUGAAGUCACAUUACAUGUCACAGAGUUGGAAGCGUUACAAAAAGAUAUAGUCAAGAUUUUGUGCAAGCUUGAACAAAUAUUUCCCCUGUCAUUUUUUACAGUUAUGAUGCACUUGUGUGUGCAUCUUCCUCAAGAGGCAAUUUUGGGAGGACCUGUGCAAUCAAGGUGGAUGUAUCCGAUCGAAAGAUACCUUGGCCAUUUAAAGAAAUAUGUUGGAAACAAAGCAAAACCCGAAGGCUCGAUAGCAGAAGGUUAUGUUGUUGAGGAAGCUAUAACAUUUUGUUCACACUAUUUACGAGGUGUUGAAUCAAAGUUGGAUAAACGUGAUAGAAAUGUUGACAAAACCUCUAGUGAUGCUCGAAGCUUUGCGUUAGAUAUUUUUAGAUUGAAUGGUCGAGGUAUUGGGAAGAAAGAAGUUCAUAUGCUUCCUACUAAUCUAAUGAAGAAAGCAAUAUGGUUUAUCUUCAACAAUUGUCAAGAGGUUCAACCGUACUUAGAGGAACACUUACAAAUUUUACAAAAUCAACAUCCGGAAUCAUCAGAUUUUUCUGAGAUGCAACAGUCUACAUUCCCGGAUUGGUUUGCAAAACGAGUUCGAGAGAUGUAUGUGCUAAAUCCAUCUCAAAUUAAUGAGGAGUUAUAUGCACUGUCUUGCCUUCCUGAUAGUCGAGUUUCGUCACAAAGGGGAUACAUAGUGAACGGAGUAAAAUUUUUAGUUAAGUCAAGCGAUGACUGCAGACAAACACAAAAUUGUGGAGUUACGGUACCGGGCGUUCAUAAUGAUAUCGAGGACGAUUACUAUGGAUACCUUGAUGAAGUCAUUGAAUUGUCAUUCAUAAGAGGUUAUCAUAUUAUUUUAUUCAAAUGCACAUGGUUUGAUACUGAUCGACGAAGAAAGCACGUGAUAUUUGAACCUCAUUUCAUAAGCAUAAACACGUCCCGACAUGCUUAUAAGGAUGAUCCUUUCAUUUUAGCAAACCAGGCAAAACAAGUGUUUUAUAUAAAUGAUAUACUUAAACCAAAUUCACAAUGGAAAAUCAUUGAAAGAAUUACCCAUAGGCACUUGUGGGAUAUUCCAGAAAAUCAGAAUGAAGAAGAUAUGCUAGUAGAUGUCAACCUUCAUCGUGAAGAUGUUGAAGAUGAAAUUGUUGAAACUAUUGAUGUUCAACAUCAUUCUGAUGACACUAUAGAUGGUUUUAUUACUGAUGAAAUAGAUGAUUCUGAUCAUAGCAUGGAAGAUUUUGGUUCAGAGACAAAUUUGGAUGAGUCAGAUGCUGAUAAGCCCAAUAAUGAAAUUGAAAAUGACGAGUCAGACAAUGAUGAUUGAUAAUGUUCAUUCUAUAAAUUUUGUAAAAGUUUAAUUAUCAAGGAAGGAAUCACACGUAGUAUUUAAUAAAGUUUGGCAAAGUUGAACAACACUCGAUUUUGGUUUGGAUUGGGCUCAAUGAUGUGUUUUAGAGGCUUGUGCUACUUGGACAUGUGAAGGUUGUUAAUGUGCUACAAUUGGUUGAUUUAGAU